AUACUUCCUCUCCAUUUCCUUCACUCAUAGUGUGUUUCUUUUUAUAUAUAAAAAUAUCUCUCUCUCUUUAUUUCUAGCUUCCUUUAUUUUCCAAAAAUGAAGUUCCAAGUAAUGGAGCUUCUAUUUGGAAAGAACACACCAAAACAAAUGAUUCCAAAAGUAACACUUCUUGCAGUGUUUGCCAUUCUUGUAUUCACAGUCACACCAUUAUCCUACCCUUUAUUCAGAUACUCUUCUUCUUCAUCAUACCUAAAGAAGAAUAGUGAUAAAGCAUCAUCAGCAUUUGAUGAUUUGAACCAAUUCUCACAAAGCUUGCCUUCAACUUCAGUGAAGAAAUGUGACAUCUUCAGUGGUGAGUGGGUCCCAAAUCCAAAGGCACCAUAUUACACAAACAAAACAUGUUGGGCAAUUCAUGAACACCAGAAUUGCAUGAAGUAUGGUAGACCUGAUUCUGAGUUCAUGAAAUGGAGGUGGAAGCCUAAUGGUUGUGACUUACCAGUAUUCAACCCUUUUCAGUUCCUUGAACUUGUUAGAGGCAAAUCUUUGGCUUUUGUUGGAGAUUCUGUUGGAAGAAAUCAGAUGCAAUCCAUGAUUUGCCUUCUUUCAAGGGCAGAAUGGCCCAUAGAUGUGUCAUUAACAAGAGAUGACUAUUUCAUGAGGUGGAAAUAUCCAAGCUACAAUUUCACCAUGGCAUCUUUUUGGACACCCCAUUUGGUAAGAUCCCAUGAAGGUGCAAAAGGACCAAGCCAAACAGGCCUUUACAGCCUUUACCUUGAUGAGCCUGAUGAGAAAUGGAUAACCCAAAUUCAAGACUUUGACUACAUCAUUCUCAAUGGAGGCCAUUGGUUCACAAGGUCAAUGGUCUUCUAUGAGAAUCAAAAACUUGUUGGCUGCCAUUAUUGCCUCUUAGAAAAUGUCCCUGACCUAACCAUGUACUAUGGUUAUAGAAAGGCAUUUAGGACUGCUUUUAGGGCAAUCAAUAACCUAGAGAAUUUUAAGGGCAUCACAUAUCUUAGGACAUUUUCACCCUCACAUUUUGAGAAUGGGUUGUGGAAUCAAGGUGGGGAUUGUGUUAGGACUAAGCCAUUUAGGAGCAAUGAGACACAAUUAGAGGGUCUUAAUUUGGAGUUUUAUAUGAUCCAAUUAGAAGAGUUUAAGGUUGCUGAAAAGGAAGCUAGAAAGAAGGGAUUGAGAUUAAGGUUGCUUGACACAACACAAGCAACAUUGUUGAGACCAGAUGGGCAUCCAAGUAGGUUUGGUCAUUGGCCCAAUGAGAAUGUGACAUUGUACAAUGAUUGUGUUCAUUGGUGCUUGCCUGGUCCUAUUGACACGUGGAGUGAUUUCCUGCUUGAAAUGUUGAAGAUGGAGGGUGUGAGAUCAGCUCAAGAGAAG